AUGCUUAAAAAUUUUUUAGAAAUUAAAGAUGUAAACAAUAAUAUUUCAAAUUGGCAAACUAAAGUUUUCAAUAUACUUUCUCUUAGUACACAGAUAUUAAAUUCUUCUUCAGAACCUAUGCUAUUUAUACUUCAAACUUGUCAUGACCUACUUUCAACAGAAUCAAUUAUUAUUGAUGAAAUUAAACACAUCAUUAAGCGUAUUUUUAACUCUGAUAAUGAUAAUAAAGACAUUGAUAGAAAAGGUCGGGACGAUUUCCUUGAGAAAGCCAUGGAAAUUUUAUAUAAUUUGGAUUACGAUGAAAAAACCUUAAUAGCAUGGCAUUCAAUUUUUAAAAAAUGUCUCGAGAUUUUGCCAAUAGAGUCGCCUGUUCGAAUAAAUUUGUAUAAAAAGCUAUUUUCAGAUGUACCUUUUCCAUUGAUGGGCACAAUUAUUAAACAAAUAUUUCAAAGCGAAGAAAAUAUUAAAAAUAAUAUUUUUUUUGAAUUAGUUAAUGAUCCAAGAAAUAUUUCUCCAAGAUUAGAUGUUAUUGACAAAUGCUUGAAAUUCCAACAGCCACACUCAAGAAUGUCUGCUUUAUGCUCUGAUAUAAUUCAAAAAACAUUUUUUUCACAGUAUGAUUUACAUGUUUUAUCAAUUAAUUUUCGUCAAGCAAUUGCGGUCUUGCAUAGUAAUGUUCGUAAAGAUAUUCAGCUAAUAUGUGCUAUAUCUUUACUUAAAGAAUUUGUGCAUAGGUUUUGGGACACUACUCUACAAGAAGAUCCUAUGAAACCAAUUUAUUUCGACUUAAUGGAAACAAAUAAUUUUAACCCAACAACUUUGAUAGAAGACAUCAAUGAAUCCAUGGGAUUGUUACAUCCAUUGAUUCAUUCGUUGAAGGUUUAUUUCUUACGGAACCUUCGUUUUCGAGAGUUUUCUAUGAGUGACAUAAAAAAAUUUUGUGAGAUGCAAUACACUUUACCAUGGCUUGGUAGUAUAACAUGGGAUAAUCAGCAGCAAACCGGAUUAUCAUUUAAUCCAUUUUGGCCUAUUAAUGAUUAUGUAAAAUUAGAGAGAUAUUAUUCAACACUGUAUAGCUUUAAUAUGAAAUCACCUAUUAAAGAAUUCUUUGAUAAUUUAAAACAUCAUAAAAAUGUUUCAUCUCGUAUAGCUUUGAUAGGGAUUAUUUUUGUUCACUUACAUUCGAUCAAAGCUGUAAGAGAAAGAACAGAUUCUGAAGAUCAAAUAGUUGAAUAUUUCCUCGAAAGAAUAGGUGAAAUGAGUGAUAAUAACAAUUUAAAUCUUUAUAAAACAACUGUUCGUAAAUUGUUGAAUGAUGAGUUUUCUUUUCUUCGAAUCUCAAAUCAAACAAAUAACAAAGAAUUAUUGAUUAAAUCAAUGAUUUUACAUACAAUAGCCAUACAUUCAUCAACCUCACAAUCUUUUUCGCCUCUUUCAUACUAUUUACAAAGAUUAGAGAAUUGCAAAAAUGAUUUUAUCAUGACUUGUCCAUCAGAUAUCCAAUCAGUCAUUAUUAAUGCGGUGGUUAAUACAGGCCAAGCCACUAGAGCUUACGAAGAAAGUAAUUGUCCCCAGUGUAAUAAUAAAAUUGGUGGUUUAGAUCAUGUAUCUGCUCCUGGCAACAUAAAAAUAGAUUCAAAUCCUAUAACAAGAAGUUUAGAAAUCAAUAAUGAAACUGGAUAUAUAAUGGAACCACCAAAUAAUGAUACGGAUCACAAUGUCAGAUUUUUACCACCAAAUUCAUACUUUAUGGAUCAUAUUUUUAACGAUUGGGAUAUUCUUAAAAAACGUCUUGAUUGCUCUAAUAAAGAUUUAGCACUAUUUUUACACUCGAUACUUCAUAAAAUGACCACUGAUCCAUUAAAGUCAACAAAAAUUAGAAAUGCGAGUGAAAGAGAACAAUUGGAAAAAGAAUUUCACCUAAAAUAUUUUGAGCCACAAUUUACAAAUUUUUAUGAUACUAUAAAUAAUUUUCGUACUAAAUUAAAUCAAAUUGAAGCUGAUUCUAAAGGAAUAACAUCAAAUUUGGUUGAAAGUGAAAUAGAUGAAACUGUAAAAACAGAUGAGACGGAUGAGCACUAUGAAAAAUAUUCUAAAGAUUAUUUACCAAAAUUAUGGAGGGUAACUGGUGAUACUAGUUAUGAUAAUUUAAAGGCUUUUUUUAAUAACAGUAAUUCAAUGAAUCAAUCACAAUAUUUAUUUUUAUCAAUUUAUUUUAAUCAUGAUGAUAAGUUAAAAUAUAUUAAACAUCUUGAACCAAUUUUAAAAUUUGUCAAGAUAUUAGCAGAUCGUCUUGAAUAUCGUUUGUUAAGAGAGGAAGCUCAAAAAAUGACAUUCAAAGAAUUUAUUGAUAAAGAAACUAAUCAUCAAAAAUCUGGAGAAAACUAUGAAUAUUUAAUGACAAGUUUUAAAGAAUUUUCAAAAGCAUGGAAUUUUAUUAUCGACAAAGUAAAUCAAUUUCAAUGCCAUGAACUUCCAAGCUCAAGACCAAAAAUAGAUCUUAGUUGUCCAAUAAUAUUUGGAUUGGUCGAAUCUGAAGAUACAGGAAUAUAUAUUUGUGCUAUCAUUGAUUAUUUGAUUGGAUUACAAAACAAUUUUCUAAAAGAAGUAAAUGGAAUUCCUAUUAAAAACUGUUCAUCUCUAAAAAUUUUAAAGUUAGGUCCAUUAAAACACAUGGAAUCGAUGAAACUUGAAAAUAUGAAAAGCAACAAUUAUAUUAAUUUUGAUUGGGAUGAUGAAUUACUUCAAUAUAGUCAAAUAAAUUUGAAAGAAGGUCAUGGAAAGGAUAUUAUAUAUGACCUUUUAAAGAUCGAAGAUGUUAAAAAUCUGAUAAAACAAAGUCCGAUUCCUAAUUCGAAAUUUCAACGAUAUGAUAUUAAUUCAUUAACAUUUGAUAGUGCGUCUGAGAUUCUUUCAUCCUUAGAAAUAUUAUUGUGUUUUAUUAAAAGAACUGCGACCAAAGAUGGUAAUAUGUUAAUUAAGGAAUUUGUCGAAAAUUGGAUGAAACUUUCAAGUUUAUUAGAAAACAAAACUUUUUCAAAAUUAUUGAAAAGUGAAUUGCGUUUAAGACAUGUAAUAGCACUGUAUGAGUUGAUUGAAGAACAAGUAUCAAUUAAAAUGGUUCAAUAUAUUGAUAAUAAAUAUAAAGUUCCUAUUGAUGAAGAGACUAAAGAAAUCAUUAUUAAAUUUGUUAAAUUUGAUCAGUUCAGCAUCCAAGAAAAAAAAUUACCAGCAGAAGAUUUCAUUAUAGCAUUAAGGAGAUUUAUGUAUAGAACCCUAUUAGGUGAAUUAAAUAAUGAAAAUGAAAAUUUAGUGUAUUAUUUCACAGAAAUAUCAUUAAAUUUAUGGCCAAAUCAUAUUAAAGAAGAAUUGAUUUCAGAAUUAUUUCCUGAUGAAUUUUUGAUGUGUAAUAUUUAUUGUAUAUAUGAAUAUAUUGUAAAUGAAUUCGAGAUGUAUAAUAAGAAACAGCAAUACAAGGUAUCAUUGUCUUCACAAAAUCACCAUAGCCGCAGUAAUCAUAUGUCUUCAUAUAAACGAGAAUUAGUGGAUUGUGAAGAAGAUAAAACUCGUUCAAAUUGGCUGAUUGGUAUAAAUGCAAUUUGA